GUGGGCGAGCUAGUCCUUAAAGCGGCGCGAGUUCGCGGUGCGUUUUUGCCGAGAGACUAAAGCUGAACUCCGGACACAAAUACACUGGGAGGGCAGAGGCGUGUGGCUCCUUUCUAACGCGGUGUCGUUCCUUAUCAUAUCUCAAUUUAACUCGCACCCACAGCUAUAGUUUCUCGCAUACCUCGCAUUGUUAUUCAAGCCGUUUUGAAGAAUAACACACAUUCACUCUCGUGUUGUUACCAUCUCGACAACAAACGCCAGUCUCUGAACAAACGCCAAACAACCCCUUAAAGUUGACUGUCACGCCUGAUAUCGAGGAGCUGUUUGUUAUUUGAGGGCGUCGGGCGUUUCGACGUGGUUUAAAAGUUUCCUGCGUGGAUUUGUUUUUCUAAGUUUUGUGCGUGGAAGUGAGACGUUUGGGCCCGCAGUCUCCCGUGUUUGGAGAGCAGAAACAGUUCACUGGUGGUCUGGAGAGCUCUGCGUACGGAGCUAGAACCUGGACAGCUCAUGACUUCAGACCAGGAAGGAAAAACUAUCGUGGAGCCACAGGUGCAGCAGUCACAGGACGUAAAGGAGAAGGAGAUUGCUCUUUUGGAAUCUUCAAAGAUCUCAGACCUCAAUCCCAAUGCAAAGGCAUGGGCCAAUUACCCAAUACCUAAACUGGAGGCCUCUCCUCCAGCCUGCACAGAUUUUCAAGAGUCAUGGAUAGAAGCCGAUGAUGACCCAUCAAGCACCAUCUCAGGAGCUUAUAACAACAGUGAAAACCAAGGGAACUGGAAUGAGGAACAGCAGGUAUCUACCACUGUAGAGCUGCCAUUUGCUGCACAGCCAGAAUCGGUGUACAUUGGAAGCUCAGCCAGUGAAAAGGACAUUGUGUCAGACCAGAACACCAGUAUGAAAGGAUUGGACGACUCUGACUCCUCCAGCCAGCUUGAAGACCUUCGAGAACAGCUGAAGGCGACACUGGAGUUCUGCCUCUCUAGGUAAUUGCUAGCAUCUUCACAACUGAUCAUAUUGAGCCGGCCUCUUGAUUUGUAACUGGUCUUGC